UAGACAUGGAACUCUCCCGAGACAAAUUUCCUCAGUGCUAGAUACAACUCUAGAGGAUUCCCAGGAUAGUGUAUUCUAUGAUGUUGGCCGAAGCGGAAAUCUCAAUAUUCCCACUACUACAGCUGCAAGUAUGUUGAGAAAAGGAAGAAGGAGUAGGGCAGGGUCUUUAUCUUCCCCAUCACAUGAACUACCACCUAGAUUAGGCAUAUCAGGUUUGUACACAGAUUAUAUGGAUCGGCGGAACCACUCAAGCGGCGGAGGCAGUGUUUCUCCAACAUCUCCCAUCCCAACUCCGCCUCCGCCUGUUCAUGUCUCCACCCUGGGCAGAUGGGGAUUCCCAACCAAUGGAAUCUCGAACGGGCAUCCGCCCUUUUCCAACUCUCCGCCAAUGCAUAUUGAAACAUCUCGAGAGCUCACCAGGCGGAUUAAUGAACUGGGUUCCAACCAUGAUCUUGAUGUUCCUGAUUCUAUGGGUCAUCUUCACCUGGAUAAUUUUAACCGUAGGCUUCCACAACCCUACACCCAGACCUACCAUCACCCUGCUAGGAUGGGAUCUGAGAGUAUUGGAAUUAGAUCUGGAAUUUCAAAGCCAUACAAACACUAGAGACCCAGCUUUGUGUAUAAACUGUAAACAAAAAGUCUAUA